AUGCAAAAGUCCUCCUACCAGAUGGUAGCCGCCGGUCGACUGGUAAUUGUAUUUCUGAGUUUUAUCCACACUGGUUUGUGCCAAAGACGACUUCACGCGCAAUUUUCACUUGGAGACAACACUGAGAGUGGCUACCGUGUUGGAAAUCUACUCGCCAACCGCCCCAACAGCUCACCUUAUGGCCAAGAAUUUCUUUCGACUAUGGUUAAACCAGACGAAGACUUUCGAGUUGACAUCAAUGGAGACAUUAUAACAAAUCACGCUCUUGACCGCGACGUCCUUUGUGGUAAACUUGAAUGUUGUGAUCGCCCGAUUUGUUAUAUGCAUGUAGAAGCCUACUUCUUCACAUCCAGUGUACAGCCACUAGUAUUUAACGUAACUUUCAUUAUUUCUGAUGAAAAUGACAAUUCGCCAAAGUUUGACAUUGUUCAGGAGACCUUACUGAAGGUGCCCACUUGGAUACCUGACCAUUAUCGAGCACUCCCAUUUCUUCAAUUGUCAGUCCACGAGUCAUCAAAGGGAAGCACUAAAAUAAUCCUCCCCCUAGCGAGCGACCUCGAUUCUCCUGAUUUCGGCAUUAGUUCUUAUGACCUUCAAACACUCCAUGUGAAUAGCACUUCUUCUGGCAGUACAUUCCGGUUAGCCCAUGAGAGACCUCGUUCUGGUCCUGAAACCCUCACCCUGAUUGCUGGUCGAAGUCUUGACCGUGAAGAGCAGGAGGAAUACUGGUUUAUACUGACAGCACUGGGUAAUGGGUCCCCCCUUCUCUCCGGUAGCCUGCUGCUUCGAGUUCAGGUUGACGACAUAAAUGACCACGUACCACUUUUCCAAAAUCCGCCCACAAAAUCUGGCCAUGCGAUUGAACUUCCCGAAAAUACACCCGUAGGUAGAGUAGUUUAUACGUUUAAAGCGAUCGAUCUAGACACGGGAGAUAAUGGAAAGAUAACUUAUGGGAUUCACUACGGUUCCAGCCUGCCGAGGAUUCCAGAUCUUGCCAACAUGUGGGCAUUAGACCCAGUAACUGGCAAUCUGUCUGUUGCCGGGGUUCUCGAUUAUGAAAAUAAAGAAUGCAGAAAAUUUAAGUUGACUGUGCUCGCCAAGGACGCUGGAAUUCCUUCAUUAACAGCGACAGCGACUAUCAUGAUACGAAUAACCGACUUGAAUGAUAACGCGCCCAGCAUUGAAGCCAAAUCUACUGGAGAACAAGGUGGGGCGUUAAAGCGUUUUGAUAUUGAAGAAAAUGACAAUGAAUCAAGACUAAUCAAACUCAUAUCCGUUAGUGAUGCAGAUUCUCAUUCCAAAGACAGCAUUUCGUGUAGCAUUACUAACAAAGACAGUGGAUUUUUCCUCCGAAAGUACAAUCCCCAACUCUAUGGUGUAGUCAAUAGUCGGGCAUUUGAUUUUGAACAGGAUGCCGAUGAAGAGGGCAACCUAAAUGUUGACCUCUCUUGUUCAGAUCAUGCUAAGCCUUCACUAACCUCAAAGAUUACCGUUAAGGUACGCCUUAGGGAUCUGAAUGACAACUGGCCACAAUUCGAGCAUCAAACCUACGUCUUUAAUGUAUAUGAAGAUGUACCGGUUGGUUCUGAAAUUGGCAGGAUAAUUGCUCAGGACUCCGAUAGCGGUCCAAGGGGAAAACUAACCUAUUGGCUCAGCGCUGACGACCCAGAUGACCUUAAAUUCGUGAAAAUAGACAAGGAAACAGGAAAACUGAAAACAAAAGUCCCUCUAGACAGAGAAGAAAAAGAUAUUCUCCGAUUUCGCGUGACGGCUGCUGAUGGAGGAAGUCAAGAUGUACGGGAGUUAGAUCAAAUUCCAAGAGAUUCAAACGCGAAUACGACAAGCCUCAUAAUCCACCUAUUAGACGUAAACGACAACGCGCCAAAGUAUACCGGUGAAAAAGUGAUUCAUGUGCGGGAAAAUAACGAGAAAGGGCAUGUGAUUCUAGACACUCUGCUUUUUCAAGAUGACGAUUUGGGUGAAAAUGGGACGGUGAAGUUCUUUCUCUCAGACUACGACCAUGGAAUCAUUGAUCCCAUAAUUCCUCCUCAUUCGAAUGGUUUCUUUUCUAUAGUGAAUAAAAAACAACUUGUACUAACUGAAUCUGUUGAUCGAGAACAAAAUCCACAAUUUUUCAUCCGAAUACUUGCAGUGGACGGUGGUAAAGUGCAACAGCUAACCGGAACAACUACUCUAACUAUUAUAAUUGACGAUGAGAAUGACAAUUACCCAGAGCUUGUUCAUCCUAUGAAUGCCAGUAUGCUCUUUGGGCCUUCAAAUCACUUCGACAUGGUAGAUGACCCUGAGUUGAGGCAUAUUCCCAUCGACACUCCAGCCGGCAGCUUAAUCACUACUCUGAGGUCACGUGACAUGGAUGCCGGGGAAAAUGGCCGUGUUUCCUACCACAUAAGAAAGGCCGAACCGCAUGAGCUCUGGUUCCCAACGCAACAAGGGUCAGUGAGAUCUGCAGGAUCACAAACAUCUUUACAAAGGCACAAAUUAGUCUCAGAUGGAUGUCAGUAUUUCAGAAUUAAUAAAUUGGAUGGCCAUUUAAAGACGGCUUGGCUGUAUGGAAGCUCAAAGGAUCAUGCAGGUAGUAACUCAACCGAGGCCCUACCCCAAGCUCCAUCACUCGGUGUGCAUGUUAUUGUUAUAGGACUAACGGACGCCGGCACUCCCUCUCUCACUACACGAGUGUUACUCUACGUUAACAUAUCCGAGGCCACGAAUACAGGGUUAUUUGGUCUUUCGGGGUUCGGCUUCGGCGAGGUCGGCCUCGGGAAUACUGUAAUCUUGAUUCUUAUAAUUGUUUGUAGCUUCGCACUCGUAAUCAGUCUUACCGCGGCUAUAUUCUGGGUGCGGCUUAAAGUAUACUCCGCAAAUCCCUCACAGAAUCAGUCGAAUGUUAUAAACGAGGUUAAGUACCAGGCUGGGUGCGUCGCUGCCUAUCACGACACCAUCCUACAGGAGCCGACUAACGGCAGCCUAGGCUACCUGAAGGAAUCGGAAAACUUUGCACCUUUGGAGGGUGUUCGAUGGAGCACUCCAAACGUCCUUGAUCCCCUUCAAUAUGCCCUGCAAAAUCCGUCGAAUAUCAAUUUAAAUGAUGCAGGUGGUCGAACAAAAUUUUACGGCAAAAUACUAAACGACUGCCUAGAAUCAGAAGUCCCGGUUUUUCCGGUGCUGCAUUCAACAGAAAAUGAGGGCAUAUUAGUGAGGGGCUACGAUCACAUGAUCACGGGGAACAUAGACCAGUAUGAAGUUUGCUUUCCUGAAACCUUUCCACCAAACCUUGCACAUGUGAAGGCUGGAUCAACAGAAAGUGACAGUGGACUGGACAGUGGAGGCUACAUGGUGGGACAAGCAUCGUCCCCUUCUCCAGAAGGUGCUGCGGAUCACUUCAUGGGAACAGCCUCAGAAUUAAGCGUUCCCUCAACAUUUAAGCCACUUAGAAGCAGACCUUACGUUCAGCCACCCAUGACGUUCAACACAGUGUCAACAGAUACGUUCAGGCAGACUCCGAUUAAGCAGGUCCUAGUUGAAAAUCGCAGCACUACGGAUUUUCGGCAUCCCCACGAAAAUUUGAGCCUCAUUCCUCGAGAUUCUGUAAGUCGCGAGGCUAUUUUUUCCUCCAUGCCUAUUGUGUUCAUGACUCUAGAUCCUAGUUUGUUCCUAUCAAGCACAUCAGGCUACGAUAGUGUUAGUGUCAUUGGCCUCAUGUUUCGUUCCUCGUUGGUUGAAAUUUUUGUCAAAAUAGUUGCCGUGCAACUAUUAUUUUUAAACUUCUAA